AGAGCACCGAGGGCGAAGUUCAAGUGGUACGCAUUACAUUCAGUGAAAUCAUACAGUGAGACAGAGAUACAUUCCACAAGAAGCAGAUGGACACUUGAUGUAAUUGUGCAGACAUGGCAGAAAUAAGAUCUGAUAUUGAUGUGGUUCUGGAGUGUGUGAAAUGUCAGUUGAAAAGUCCCACUGCUCUUCAUCAGUCACUUAUGACCUUGUCAGGUCUCUUUUCAUCAGAUGAAGCUAAGGACUAUGUCCGUGAGAGUGGAGGUCUGCUCUAUCUAUAUGACCUACUACGGAGAACUGACUUCCCAAAUAUCAAGAUUGCUACUCUGUUCUGUCUGGCAUCAGCUACAGAAAAAAAUGUAUUUUCCCAGACACUUCUAACCCAGCAUGGUGUGUUCCGUGUCAUCCAUGACAGUCUUCAUAGUGUCAUAUCCUCAGACAAACUUCGACAGGCUGCUGUCUUUUUGCUGCUGUGUCUUGUUGCUAACAAUAGUCAAUCCCAGAAUGAAGCGAGGGAGUCUGGUUGUCUGGCAGACCUCAUGGGCAUGUUCAGGUACAGUAGCUAUGGCACACAGAAAUUGGUGAGCAGUGGUAGCAGCGUCAUCACUGAGGCCCGGCAGUUUGGUCUCGUCACCAGUGCCCUCAGUGUGAGCAUCAACAACCCGCAGAAUGAGGAGAACCAGCGCUUGUGCUCCACGCUGCUGCCCCACAUCUUCAGCCUCGUGAUGCGAGUAUCAGAGCCCCAGGCCCUCUGUCCUGUGCUGUCCUUGGUGGGAGUCAUGGUGGCCAACAAUGUGUUUAACCAGGACCGGGUGAAGAAGUGUGGGGGUCUGGACACCCUGGGGUCUCUGCUGUGUAACCUGAGCAACAGGAGCACGGAGGAAGACUGUCUCACAACAGCGGUGCAGGUGGUCGGUGCACUAGACUCAUGUCUCACGGAUAAUGAGGUGAACAUCAACAAGCUGGGGGAAGUGUGUGGGUUUGGUCCACUCUUCUCGCUCCUCACACCAGGGCUGCUGAGUCAGCAGGAACAGUUGCAGGUGGUGGUUACCCUCUCUCACGUGUUGCAGGACAACUCAGGUGCAUUGGCCGGUGUGUCAGCAGAGAACUACCAACAGCUGGUGUGCCUUCUCACCCAGGCACAGGAUGAGGAACUCGUCAAGGCCCUCAAAUAUGUCCUACACAUCAUACAGGAUUCUGAAUGUGACAAACAGACAGCUCAACCUGAAGUGAAACCAAAUUUGAAGUAAGUUAAGAUUCCUGUCAUUGAACAUGAUUGUUUUCCCAAGCAGUAGAUUCCCUCCCAGUUACAUUAGUAUGGGCAUCAAUAGAGGCAUGGGACGGAUAUAUCUGUGUCGGCUGUUUGCUGAUGACUCGAGUAGACUUGCAGGGAGCAGGUGUUGAGAAAGCUCGGAUCAGCCUCCAUGUGGGCAGUAGCAGCAGCAGCAGAAACAGCACGUCUAUUUCAGGGAGCCGUAGGGAGAGUGCAGCAAUUUGUACAAGCUAUUAUAUUGAUUCUAAUUUGACUUUGGUCAAGGGGGCAAUCUUUGAUAUUUGUCUGACACUUUCAAUACCUGUGUAUUAAUGUCUGGUCAACAUGAUAUGCUGUUGGAUUAUUAAUGUCAGGUGAAUGUAAGAAUCUGUUGCUGUAUCAGCUAUUGAUCAUGAUCAUCAUGGCAACUAAGUCUAAUGUUAUUUCUUACUGUCUGGAAAUAUCCGAUAUUAAUUGUUCUCAUGCUUCUUCGUCCAUUGAAAAUGAUGCUAAGUUUCAGGCUGGAAGACAAAUUAAUUUGCACACACAGAUGUAUAAAGCUCACUGUUGAUGUAUCAAGAUCAGAUAACUCCAUAAGUCAACACUCCCUUUGGGACAAUGUGAUCCAAUGAUUUUUAUGUGAUUCUUUGUUGCAUUCCAAAUGUACGCACAUUUUUUAACACAAGCAAUCAUAGGAUACAAGUUCUUCAAAGAACAUGGUACAUGAUUAAUCUGAUAUAUCUUUUGUAACAUUAGAAAAUCAUGUUAUUUGAGUUAAGGCUGGGACGAGUCCAAAUCUACUACCCUG